AAUAUAUUUUAAUACUGGGGGGGGUGGGGGGUGGGGGGUGGCAGUAUUUAAAAGUCCUACAAAGCCAUUGCAGAGUUAAUCGGAUCCGAGCCAAGAACUUCUGGACGUGCGUGACGUGGUCCCUGGCAGCAGAUGGAAGGAGGAGAUUUCUCUCUCUGUGUGAACCCAAACUCUGCAACGAGAGAAGGAGAGAUCGGACCCAGGUUCUCCCGGAUACAGAGCCCCCUUCCUCCCAGGCUUGCAGUGAUUCUCCCUGGGACUGCAUUCGGCAAGCGCCCUCCUGACGGCUGGUUCACCGGGCGAGGGGGACAGGUUGAGCUGCUGAAUGAGUCUUCUCCAGUGCGAAUCAGCUGGCUCUUUCGAAUUGAUCGACGCUGAGAUGGAAGUGUUGGAAUUUCUCUCCCCCCAGUCCACCCACAGCGGGGAAAUUUGCGUGUGUUUGUGCCUCUAAGUAAGAUGCAGUCUUGCCUUCCUUUCUGAAUCUCUACCCGACAGGGAAAAGCAAAAAAAAAAGCUUUGGAAAUAAGGCUGGUGUGUCGAUUUUCCAAGGUUGCUGGCUUUUGAGAUCAAGGUCAGGAUUCCUGCUCUUUUCGGAUGCUGCGAGUUGUCUGGAAGUGGGUUUUCAGGACUCGCUCCUCUGUCUCUCCCCCGUGGAGACAGAUUUGAGUUUUGCUAACACCCCCCGCUCCAAGCCCGGCCAGCUGAGCUACAAGGGGGAGCUGAGGAGAUGCUGAGCCGGGUUGUGGUGCUGAGUGCGCUGGCGUGCUGCUGCCUGUGCCCGCGGGGAGCGGCGGAGAGCCGCAGGAGGGAACUCUGCAGGAGUCGCUGUGCGUGCGAGGAGAGGGACAGCGUGCUCAAUGUGAACUGCGAGGCCAGGGGCUUCACCAGGGUCAGCGGCCUGCAGCCUCCCCAGCACCGGCUCUACCAGCUCUUCCUGAACGGGAACUCUCUCACCAAGCUGCCGGCGAACUGCUUCACCAACUUCAGCCAGGCGGUGACCCUGCACUUGGGCAGCAACGGGCUGCAGGAGAUCCGCAAUGGGGCUUUCCAAGGGCUGACCCUGCUCAAGAGCUUGCACCUGGACAACAACCGGCUGGAGGUGCUGAGGGAGGACACCUUCCUGGGUCUGGUCAGCCUGGAAUACCUGCAGGCGGACUACAACUACAUCAGCAGCAUCGAGCCGGGCGCUUUCAACCGAAUGCACAAACUCAAGAUCCUGAUCCUCAACGAUAACCUGCUGCCCAGCCUGCCCGGUAACAUCUUCCGCUUCGUGCUGCUCACCCACCUGGACCUGAGGGGUAACAGGCUGCGGAAGCUGCCCUUCAGCGGGGUCCUGGAGCACAUCGGGGGGAUUGCUGAGAUCCAGCUGGAGGAGAACCCUUGGAACUGCAGUUGCGACCUGCUCCCCCUGAAGUCCUGGCUGGACUCCAGCUCCCUGCAAGGGGGCGAGCUGGCCUGCGAGAGUCCAUUCCGGCUGCACGGCCGCCUGCUAGCCCAGCUCAGCCGCCAGGACAUCUGCCCCCGGCGAGCCCACAGCAGCGGCGGCGACUCCGGACUGAGGAUCCAGCGACCUCCCUCCAGGGCUCAGCCGCAACCCCUGGCCACGGCGGCUCAGCCCGGCUCCAGGACUGGCAGGACCCCCGCUGGGGGCAAGGGCAAGCCGGCCGCCACUCCCGCCCCUGACCCCCGGCAGAUGAGGGGCUCCCAGAGCCGCCUGGCAGGGCAGCCCGACUGCCCGGGGCUGUGCUGGUGCAACGUGCAGAAUUCGGAUAGCGCCUUGCAUGUGCACUGUCACGAGCGGCGGAUUGGGAACCUGAGCGAGCUGCAGCCGCGGCCCUCCAGCCCCAGGAAGCUCUACCUCACCGGCAACCUGCUGCACAUCGUGCAGGUGCACGACCUGGAGGAGUACGGCAGCUUGGAGCUGCUGCAUUUGGGUAGCAACCGCAUCUCGGUCAUCCAGGAGGGGGCGUUCCGCAACCUGAGCAACCUGCGGCGCCUCUACCUCAACGGGAACCACAUCGAGCGGCUCUCGCCGGCUCUCUUCGUGGGUCUGCACCGGCUGCAGCACCUCUACCUGGAGUCCAACGUGAUCAAAGAGAUCCUGCAGUACACCUUCCACUCUCUGGCCAGGCUCAGCCUGCUGCACCUCAACAACAACUUGCUGCGUUCCCUGCCCGCCAAUGUCUUCGUGGGCACCAACCUGAGCCGCCUGAACCUCCGCAACAACCACUUCUCCCAGCUGCCGGUGCGGGGUCUGCUGGACCAGCUGCCCGCCACCGUGCACCUGGACCUGAGGGAGAACCCCUGGCACUGCGGCUGCCCCAUCGUGGCGCUCAAGAGCUGGAUGGAGCGGGCCGGGAGCGGCGUGCGGACCAGCGAGCUCUCCUGCGAGUCGCCGGCCAAGUACGCGGGCAGGGCGCUGCGCUCGCUCCGGGCGGAGGAAAUCUGCUCGGAACACUCGGAUCUUAGCGCCACCGCUUUGACCAGGAGCCCGGGCAAGCCCAAGCUGCUGGACGGCGAGCUGGGCACUGCCAGUCCUGAGGCGGCCCAGACCAGUGCUGUGCCCCUCUCGGUGCUUAUCCUGGGCUUGCUGGUGGUCUUCAUCCUCAGCGUGUGUUUUGGAGCGGGACUUUUCGUUUUUGUCUUGAAGAGGCGCAAGACGGCUCAGAGUGGGCAUGGGGGUGCCAACCACAGCCCAGACCUGAACUCCUACCAGCUGCAGUACCCUUCCUAUGGCGGGGAGGGUACAGACAAGGCAGAAGCUCAUGUCUACAACUACAUCUCCCACCCUCUGGGCCAAAUGUGCAAGAACCCCAUCUACGUGCAGAGGGAGGGCGAGCAAGUGGCUUAUUACCGGGACCUGGAAGGGAAGAAGCCUCCUUCAGCGGCCCCCGCUUACUCCAUCAGCACGGUGGAGCUGCUGGAGCACCGACCCCCUCCUGCCACCCCCUCCGAGCUGCUGUACCAGAACCUGGCCGAACGGCCCAAGGCGCUGCCCGGAGCGCACUACAGCUUCUGCACCUUGCCCAAGCGCCCGUUCGGCCCGGCCCAGGAUAGCAGGCACAAGGAGCAGGACAGGCUCAACAAAACGGUGCUGUACGGCACGCCGAGGAAGCAGCUCCGGGAGGCAUCCAGAGGCGACAGCCUGUGUCUCCGAGGCAAGUUCCAGGCCGAACCAGACUACCUCGAGAUGUUAGAGAGACAGACUGCCAUCAGUCAACUGUAGAAUGAAACAGAGAGAGAGAGAGGUUAACUACUGACAACAAAAAGGACACCCCGUACAGAAUGGUUGACUCGAAGCCUGACUUAUUCCACAGUGAUCUCUGACUCAAGUUUGGUGAUUUCACCAAAUCCCGAUUCUCCCAAAAUCCUAUUGAUUUCUCGAUUUUACAAAGGAAGAUUUUUGGGUCUUUUUUCCCUCCCCCCGUAUGAUUACUGAACACCACAUUCACUGCUGAGUUGGUUCCAUAAAUCCACGAAUGCAAAGGAAUUCGUCUACUUCUGCUUUUCAGUUUCCUCACCGAUAUUUGAUCAUAUUGUAUAAGUUUGGCGUUUAUUGCAAUUUCCAAAGACCAUUCUAUCCCGCCCUACAUAGUGAACUAUAUAUCGGCACUAUCUAUGACAAGGAAAACCUUUUUUAUUGUUUGGUGGAGAGCGUUAAUUACAAAACGCAUCUUGGUCUGAACAUUUACUUCUGUUUGAUGCUUUUGGUGGUAAACUGUACUACCACGUUUUUAGCGAACUGAUACAUCUCCGGCGUUCCUGAGGGUUGGUCGCUUGGGAGCUGAAAUAUUUUUAUUCCCCAAAUGGUUGUAUCUGUAUCGCAUUAAAACACAACAAAUGUAAUUUCCAUUUGUCUACCGGGUUGUGCAUAAAGAAAGGUUUUUUUUUAAUUGUAAAUAGAUCAGCCCUGCAUUAUUUAAGACAUCCAUCGAAUCUAGCAUCAUAAAUUGUAU